UUGUGCUUAAAGCCACUUAGUUUUUCAUAUAAUAAAACAAACUCUCCGCAUGCUUAAAUAGCUAGCAGGCUAGCAGCACAACACACACCCACACGUACACUUUGCAUCUAACCAUCCACUAAUUAAUUUAACCACUAACAACUCCACUAAUAGACCCACUCACCCACUAGCUACUUACAACACGUGUAUAAUUAAUUACCAACUCAUGCAAAUAACUAAUCUAAUAAUCUAGCACUAAUAACAAGAUUAGUUCCAACAGCCAUGGUAAUAGAGAAGCCAUUGCUUAUGCUCUUUCGUCAGAUUCCUGUAUUUGGGCAUGAAAGCUUGGACGGCUUUGUCCUCCGGGCAGAACACCGUUAACCCGGCCGGAGCACUUGAAGAGAAAGAUUCAUCUACUCCGGCGCUUUUCAACAGAUCCAGGAACGCCUUACACCCCUGUUUCCCCAGUAUGUUCGUUACAUUCACUUCGGAAGGUCCGACGGCGGGGGCCUCCGCCGCGUCGGAGAUAAUCGGGUUGGAGAUCUGGAGGACGGAGAUCUUGUACGGGUCAUCGGCGAUGGAUUUGACGUAGGUGGAGGUGAAAUGCCCGCCGUUGUCCUCCUGCGCGAAUCCCACCUUGCCGCCCUUCAGGGUGGUGAUGUUGACGAAUCCGGCGGUGCCGGGGGCGUCGCCGGUGGACUGGUAGAUGGUGGAGGUGAGGGUGGUCCCCUUGUUGAGCUGGUGGAGCUGCUUGGGGCCGAAGUAGUCGGCGAAGACGUGGAGGGAGAGGAUGUUCUUGAUGGUGGGGAGGGAGAAGUGCUUGUCGAGGAGAGAGCUCAUGCCGGCGUUGUCGACGGCGCAGACGGUGAUGGUCAUGCGGCGGUUGAUCUCGCCGGCGAGGUGGGUCACGGUGAGGUAGUGGUUGAAGGUGGAGAAAUCGGGGUGCUUGGCGAGGAUUUGAGUGAUGUUGAAGGCAUUUGCGGCGGAGGAGAGGAGGAAGACGGCGAGGAUGAAUAGUGAAAACGGUGCCGACAGAAGCCUCAUGUUUGGGUGGCAAUCUGAGAGAGCGAUGGGGUGAGAGAGAGUAGAAGAG